GCUUGUAUAAUGGGUCAGACACUUUCCGAGCCGGUUAAAGAAAAACAUACGGUUUCCGGUAAAGACAACCGUAUACUGUAUGCUUCUUCUGCUAUGCAAGGCUGGCGCAUUAGCAUGGAAGACGCACAUACUGCUACACUAACACUUCUUGAUAAAAAGAACUAUAGUUACUUUGGCGUUUACGACGGCCACGGUGGACAAAAUGUAGCUAAAUAUAGUGGCAAUAAUCUUCACGCUCGCAUUGCGAAAGAUGAUAAAUUUGAUACUGAUCUUGAAAAGGCCAUACAAAAUGGUUUUUUGGACACAGACGAGGAUUUGAAGAAGGAUCCCCAAUUUGCAAAUGAUCCUUCGGGGUGUACCGCAGUUAUAUCUAUUAUAACACCAAAGAAUGAAAUAUACGUCGGAAAUGCCGGCGAUUCUCGUGCUGUUCUCAGUGUAGAUGGUGAAGCACAACCAAUGUCAGAGGAUCAUAAACCAAGGAUUACAGAUGCCGGUGGAUUUGUUGAAUUUGGAAGAGUCAAUGGUAGUGUGUUCGACAAAUUAUUCCUUGUUAUUUAUUAUAUCACUUGCUCUUCUCAAAGUAUUGACAUGGUUGCUUUCUCUCGAAAUUUGGCUCUGUCUCGUGCUCUCGGUGACUUUGAAUUUAAGCAAGUUCCAGGGCGUUCUCCCAGAGAACAAAUUGUAACAGCAUAUCCUGAUGUUAAAAAAGCAGAAAUUAAACCUGAAACAGAAUUUUUAGUCCUAGCAUGUGAUGGUAUAUGGGAUUGUCUUUCGUCACAGCAUGUUGUCAGCUUUAUUCGUAAAAAUAUUUCCGAAAAUAAAGACCUCAGGAAAGCUUGUGAAGAUUUGAUGGAACGCUGUUUAGCUAAGGAUAGUGAACUUGGUGGUAUUGGUUGUGAUAAUAUGACUGUAAUCAUUGUUGGAUUUCUCCAUAACAAAUCUGAAAAGGAAUGGUAUGAAUGGAUGGCAAAAAGAUAUGAAGACAAAGGCCCUAAAUAUCAAGAUGAUGUCAGACCACCAAAGGAAGAACAUAAUUUAAAUGGUGAGAAUGCUGAUGAAGAUAUGGGCAUUAAUGCACCAGAUGAUGAUCUUACACUUGACAAUGAACGAAUCAACAGUUCUGACAGUAUGAAAAGUACUGAUUCAAAUCGAAGCGAUAGCAUUGAUAGUAAUUCUAGUGAUGAUUCAAAUGGUAAUUCGGAAAGUCUUAGUGGUAAUAACAACUCUGGUACCGGGGUUUCUCGUUCUCUUCAACAAACUACAAUGCAACCUAAAGAAUCUAAAGUUGCUGAAAAUACACCUUCGGCAGGGCGACAGAAAACUCCUCCUAUAUAG